AUGCAAGCUUUUUUACUGGAAGUUGCAAACACAGAUAUUAACACACAAGACAUUGACAAGCUAUUUGACAUUUGGUCAAGAUGGUUGUUCAUUCCUUGCAAUGAUUUUGAUAUUGCAAAUGUUGAGUUGAUAUUUGUUCUUAUACUCUUGAAUGAGCACUUUUUCCUAAUUGUUGUGAAUUUGAAGGAAGAAAAGCUUCAGUUCAUUGAUAAUAUGAGUUAUGAUACAAAGUACAUGAGUGAGGUUGAGAAGUUCUCUGAUGUUCUGAGUGAUAUGCUGAGUACUUUUCUUGAUCAACGCCUUCCUCAAAGUAAUGACUCAGUGAAGAACAUGAUUGAGUAUACUUUGGAGUCACCUUCUGUAAAUUGGAAGUCUGGAAAACAGAAGAAUAAUGAUAGUGGCAUUUAUACUAUGGUCAGCAUGCUUUACUUUGAUGGAGCUGAUGUGUUCGACUGCGAUGUUUUGAAAACGGUUUCAACUAGACGGACAUUGAGAGCUCAGAUUGCUGCUACUCUGGUAUUAUCUGAUAUGAACAUUGUCAGAGAUGAAGUUCUUGAAAAGCUAUCUGAAUUCAGAUUAAUAAGGAGUCAAGUUGCAAAAGAUGUUUUUGAUGGGAUUAAGAAGAAAACAAAGCAAGGUAAAAAGGAAAAGAAAGUAUAGGCAGACUAACGAAUAUGUGGAUGAAGUUUUUUGCUCGGAAGUAUUUGUAUUUUGCACAGAAGUAGGAAAUCUAAUGUAAUGAUGUAGUUUGCAUCAACAAAUGGAUAAUCUAACAAAAUUGUAUAAGUAUUAAUAUAGAACAAUAUGAUAUGAUUCCAGUUCAUACAAAGCUUUUGAAUUGGUGGUAUUGGUAGUUCUUUUGAUAUGUAAUCUUUAAUUGACAUUCAAGAAGUUUAGUGAAAUAUAUAUUAGUUAUAAAUUUGGCGCCUAUGUUAUAAAAAAAUGGUACCUAUGUUAUUUAAAAAGGUUUCUAUAUGAUAAGGUCACUAUGUAUUUAAAAAGGUAUCUAUGUUAUUUAAAAGGUUUCUAUAUUAUAAGGUCACUAUGUAUUUAAAAUGUUAUUAGUUCAAUGUGUUAUA